AUGAGAGUGUCAGAGCGUUGAGGCACUGUUUGCAAAUUGGUGAACCUGCGGCGCCAGCAGCGUUGACAGAUCCAUCCAGGAGGGUGUGAGGCUCCAACGGGACCACUCUUAUCUGAAGCCGGCUAACCAGUCCAGAGGAAUCCUCAACAUCUGCAUUUGUCACUUCGGGAGGAAAUGGAGAAACCUUUACCAUAUCUGGCCACAGCAGCACCUUCCAAAGGAUUCAACAUUCCCACGCUGUGGAUCGAAAAUAUAUCCGAGAACAGCACCGUGCAACCCACGGCCAGUACCAGUGGAAGUGCCAUCCUGAUUCCCGUCAUCUACUUCACCGUCUGCAUUAUUGGUCUGGGUGGCAACACACUCGUUAUCCAUGUCAUCCUGCAUUAUGCCAAGAUGGAGUCGGUCACCAACAUCUACAUCCUGAACCUCGCCAUCGCCGAUGAGCUGUUCAUGCUUGGCCUCCCCUUCCUUGCCAUUCAGAAUGCCUUGUCCUACUGGCCCUUUGGCUCACUGAUGUGCCGACUGGUGAUGACAGUGGACGGCAUCAACCAAUUUACCAGCAUCUUCUGCUUGACUGUCAUGAGCAUCGACAGGUACCUGGCUGUGGUCCACCCAGUGAAGUCCAUCAAGUGGCGCAAGCCUCAGGUGGCUAAGGUUAUCAAUGUCAUGGUCUGGGCCAUUUCCUUUGUCGUGGUCCUCCCGGUCAUCAUCUUCUCCAGCGUGAAGAUCGGCAUGCACACCUGUAACAUUAACUGGCCAGAGCCCAUCAUGGUUUGGUCAACAGCCUUCAUCAUUUACACAGCCACCCUGGGCUUCUUUGGACCCUUGCUGGUGAUUUGCCUCUGUUAUCUCCUCAUUGUGAUCAAGUUAAAGUCCUCAGGCCGGAAGGUAAGGGCCACCUCCACCAAAAGGAAGAAGUCGGAAAGGAAGGUAACUUGGAUGGUGGUCAUCGUGGUGGCUGUGUUUGUCUUCUGCUGGCUACCCUUCUAUGUCAUGAAUAUUGUCAAUCUGGUGUCCACCAUGCCCUCAGAGCCAUCACUGGUCGGCCUCUACUUCUUCGUGGUGCUCCUGUCCUACACCAACAGUUGCGCCAAUCCCUUCAUCUACAGCUUCCUCUCGGACAACUUCAAGCAGGGCUUCCGCAAGAUCCUCUGCCGCACCACCAGACGAGUGGACGACAAGAACGUUGGCAGCAAGGUCACGGGCAGCAGCUACGUGGAGAUGUGCCACGUCAACAAUAUCGCGCAGGAGGCGCAAGCCCAAGUGGGUUUUGUGGAGAGGAGCCCAGAGCAGCAAAUGCCUGGGGAAGUCCUGCCCAACAGUGUCAAAAGUGGGCCACUGGAGAUCAGUGACUUGUAACCCGCCAGGAUCGAAGGACUGUCUGUUUCUUUCCACUCUCCUCCUGUGAUGAACAGAUCUGUAUCUAUCAAACCCUUCCACCUUGGGAUUGGACCACCCAGAGCAAGAAAGGUUCUGGGCCGAAUUAGCUGAACUUUUUCCAGGUGGGAGAUGGGAUGGUUAGAACCCUUUGUCCACUGGAGGCAAUGUUCUACAGUCUUGCACCAUGUUGAGGAUUAGGUGGACUGAGAGGUGGGGUUCAGUGGCACAGACAGUUGCUUUCCCAACCCCAAAACCUAACACACCAAGUGCUGGCAUCCAGUUCCACCAACAUACACCUAACUGGUCAAGGUGAGAGUGGAAAAUGGUUCUUCAAGGAAAAUAAAACAGUGAGAUAUCUUUGUAAGAGCCAGUGAAAAUGUGCAAUGUUCUACCACCUUUAAGACCCUGAAUGCAAGUAUAAUGCAAGUCAUACUUUGUGAUACACAAGGAGUGGAUUGAUCUUCACCUUGUGAAGGAACAUGUGAAGAACUUGGAGCCUGCCAGUAGCAGUGGGAUCAGAUCUGACAUCUAAGUUGAUGCUGUGAUUUGUUGCCGUCAUGACCAGACACCUGGACAUUUGUGCCAUUUGCAGUGAUGUUUUUGUGUACUGUAUCACAUAUAGAUUCUGUAACUGUACUGCAUUCCGUGUUCACCCAGAUACAUGUGCCUGUACUGGCAGGUGCCUGUACUAAGUGCUUGGUGCCCUUGCCUGUACUUCAAGGUGCCUGUCUAUGCUGUUUGACUCCUGUGCCUGAACUGCCUGGUCAUUGUACCGUGCUGACAGUUGUACUCCUGGGUGCCUGUACUCUGUUAUUGGGUGCCUGUACCUGUACUGCAUUAUGCCUGUACCUCCAUUGCCUGGCUGUUACACUGUACUGCCUAAUACCCUUUUGUCUAUUGUUGGGUAUCUUUCUGUUACCUGUAAAAGCUGGACUAGCACAACCUAGUGUCUACACCUGUACUAUCUUGACUGUACCUGUAUUGACCACAUCAGUGCCUGUAUUAGCAGGUGCCUGUACAUGUACAACUUGCUGUCUGUACUGUUUGGUGCCCGUACCUCUGAAGCUCGGAGCCUAUACCUGAUACAUGACAGUUUGUUUCAUUGCUGUUUUUGUUGGCCUCAUUUAUUUCCCGUUGGUUAAACUUCUCAAAUCUUGUGUGAAGUAUCAGUGUUUUUCAAGGCCAGAUCGAAAACUCUGACAACAUUUAAAGUGUGUCUAAGGCUUCCUAAUCUAACCUAACCAUUGAGUAACCAUAACCUGAGGAAGCCAUUCCCAUUGGUUGAAACAAGGUCAACUUACCCCUCUCUGUCCUUGACCACAAGACCAUAAGACAUAGCAGCAGACAGUCCAUUCAGUCCACUGAGUCUAUUCCAUCCUGGCUAUUUUUUAUCCCUCUCAAUCCCAGUGUCCUGCCUUCUCCCCAUAACCUUUGACACUCUUACUAAUCAGGAACCUAUUAAUCCCUGCUUUAAAUAACCUAAUGAUUUGGCCUGUGACAAUGAAUUCCACAGAUUCACCACCGUCUGGCUAAAGCAAUUCCUCCUCAUUCCUGUGAGUAUAGACUCACAUGUACACACACGUGUGCCCACCCACACAAAAAUCACUAAAAGAAUAAACAAGCGAAAAUCUGCAGAUGCUGGACAUCCAAAAGCAACACACACAAAAUGCUGGAGGAACUCAGCCAGCCAGGCAGCAUCUAUGGAAAAGAGUACAGUCGACGUUUCGGGCCGAGACCCUUCAGCAGGACUGGAGAAAAAAAGCUGAGGAAUAGAUUUAAAAGGAGGUGGGGGAGAGGAAAGAGGUGAUAGGUGAAACUUGGAGGGGGAGAGAUGAAGUAUGAAUAAGGCAGGGUGUCAAACUCACUUUAGGACACGGGCCAGAUUGGGCAAAAUGCGACUUCAUGCAGGCCGGAUCAGUUAUGCACGCUUGAACGCACGCACGUGUGCUCCCACAGCUUUCGUUGCUUUCGUUUUUUCAACUUGCUUUCAUGUGUCUCAGCCUCUGCUAUAACUACAAAGUGCUUCACUUUACAAAUCUCGUUUCUUAUGAAGAAGAUUGCCUAGCAAGCAUUAUUUUUAUGAUUGGUAUUAACUUACAGUCGUAGGCUACAAGAAAGUUGUAAUAAGAGAGAGAAAAAAACCAUGCUAUUUUGGCUAAGAUUGUUUUGGGAGUCACAUCCUUUCCAUCAAACCAUUUGAAAUCGAACAUUAGCAGACACAAAUGUAGACCUAACGAAAUAAAUUGUAAAUGUCGGCUACAUAACUGCACCUAAUUUUUAUUAGCCUGCUUCCAGCAAUCAAACUCACACAAUGAACACUGUUAGCCUCUAAUUUUUAUUGAAGUGAUCACAUUUACAAUAAUAGAAUAGUCAGAAAAUGAAUGAAUUACAAUAUUAUGACACUCAAUAUUUCAUAAUGCAUUUUGCUUAAUGUCGCAGUGCAUUGAACAGUGUCACUCAUUUUUCACUUGCUGCUUCCAGACACCUGACAUCUCUUGGCUUUAACCAGCCUGUCAACAUCAGGGACCAGUUUCUGAGCAGUUGUGAUUUUCAUAAUGUCAUUUAGAUGUCUGUGUGUCAGCUGCGAGCACAGUUUGGAUUUGUUAAUGUUCAUUAUGGAGAACGCCUGCUCACAGAGAUAUGUUGUCCCGAACAUGCAAAGGAUCUUUGAGGCAAAGUCUGUCAUCUUGGGGUACAUUGGUCCCAGGUUAUGAUAGAAUGAGUCCAGACCCACAGUCUCAAAUUUAUAUUUCAAAGCCGAGUUACACUGAAUUUCAAUUAGUUCCAUUUGGAGAUCUUCCGGCACAUCUGAUGCUGUGUUGACGGCAAACGGCGAGCAAAAUAGUGAGAGUUCCUUCUCGAGCUGAGUGAAGACUUGGAAACGAUUCUGAAACUCACUCUUCAGCCGUGAUAUUUUGUCCUUGUACCUGUCCAUGUUGUCAUUAUUCCCAUGAGUGACACGCACAGACUGCAAAGAGGGGAAAUGAGCUGGGUUGUUCCGGGAUAGUUGCAUCUCCCACAGGUCUAAUUUAAUGUGAAAGGCACGAAUGCUGUCCUAGUAUUCCGUAACAAGUUUGUUGCAGCCUUGCAUGUAAACAUUAAGUACAUUUCAGUGCUCUGUUAUAUCCACCAAAAAUGCAAGAUCGUGAAGCCGGACUGGGUCAUCCAACUCUGCCACUGGCUUCCCUUUCGCGUUCAUGAAUAGUCCAAUUUCUGCACGUAAUUGAAAAAAACGUUUGAGCACAACCCCUCUGCUCAACCAGCGGACUUCGGUGUGGUAGGGUAGGCCAUGUCCAAUAUUACUUUCGGACAAAAGAGUGUCAAAUUGCCAAUGGUUGGGUCCCUCGGCUCUAAUAAAAUUAACCGCUUUGAUUACUACAUCCAUGACAUUGUCCAUUUUCAGGCUCCUGCUACAUAACGCCUCUUGGUGUAUAAUACAAUGAAAAUUCCAGAAUUCCUGCUCUGGGUUCUCUAUCUGAACUUUCUCUCUGGGUUUCGUAACAACACCUGCCUUUUUCCCCAACCAUGGACGGUGCGCCAUCUAUUGCCACGCUAACAGCGUGACUCCAAUCUGUCCAAGGCCUCAACGAGGCGGAAGAAAACGUUGUUUGCCGUUGUGGUGUUUGUCAUGGGCACCAUCUCCACAAACUCCUCAGUGACGGUUGAAGAUGCAUCAACACCACGAAUAAAUAUUCCCAAUUGAGCUACAUCAGUCACGUCGGUGUUCUCAUCAAUUGCAAUAGAGAAGGCAAUAAAUGACUUCACUUUGUCUUUUAGUUGACUGUUCAAAUCUCCUGCAAGGUCCCCGAUUCUCUCUGCCACAAUAUUUUUUGACAAGCUGAUAUUAUAGCCUUGCUUCCAGCACAAAAACAGCAUGCCCACAACUUACUAACCUUAACCCACGUGUCUUUGGAAUGUGGGAAGAAACCGGAGCACCUGGAAGAAGCACACAUGGUCAUCAGAGAAUAUACAAACUUCUCACAGACAGCAACAAGAAAUAACCCCCAUCUUAUCGCUGCCGCUGGUGUUGUUCAGUUGUGCUUGGGUUAACAAGAAAACAUGUUAAAAUCUGCAGUAGCCAAUGAAAGAGAGAGAUUUGAAACAUACCUUAUUCUAGGGGUGUCAAAAUACCGGCCCGUGAAGGUGUCCAAUCCGGCCCGCGGGAUGAUUUGGGGGGAAAAAGUAUAUUCACAACCAUUUAUUAUGUAUCUGUACGGCAGCCGCUCUCUCUCCCACCGCUGUCUGUACUGCUUGCUGCGUCAGCAGCUUGUUGUGUGUACUUGGAAAACAACAGGCAGCAGUUAACCACCUGCUGUGCAUAAGCACCUACCACCCUGCACUGAAGACCACUAGGACCCCACUUACGUCAUCAGACACAGUAUAAACAUACAGAGUACUCAGGUAAAUAACACCUGUAGCAAGGCUGAGACUGUUUGCUGCUGUGGUUCAAAAUGCUUUCCAAGAAAAGAAAAAUUGACAUCGAAGCAGCUCUGAAAAAACAGCAAUCAAUGUUCACCAAAAGUCGGGAGACUCAUUGAUAGCUGCUGCAUCAAAGCUAUACUCAGAGGGGGAAUUCAUCAAAGCAUGCAUGCUGACGGCAGCUGAGCUGGUGUGCCCCGAGAAGAGACAGGCUUUUGGUACUUGUGGGUUUCCCCUCAUCAUAUCUUUGGUCUUUGAUGCAAAUGACACAUAUCACUGUAUGUUUUGAUGUCUUGAUGUGACUAAUAAAACUAAUCUUUAAAUCUUUAGACAGCAGAGGGGUCCUGUGUAAAUAGAUCCUUCUUAGCUGGCAGGCUGUGACUGUUGGUAUACAGAGCAACACACAAACGACAUCAUGCAGGAGCAACUCAGCAGGUCAGGUAGCAUCUAUGGAGAGAAAUAAACAGUCGACGUUUCAGGUUGAGGCCUUCAUUCAGGACCAAAAAGGAGCAGGAAGAAGCCAGAAUAAGAAAGUGGAAGGAGGGGAAGGAGUACAAGCUGACAGGCGAGACCA